AUGCGAUGCGCGAGCAAGGCCGCCGAGAGCGCGUCUGCACGUCUCUGUGCGGACGCCGAAGCAGAAACUACAGCAACUGAUGUCCCAUCGGUUGCUGAAUCGACUCAGCCUGUAUCACCUGGUGAUGCAGGCGCUGGUCAUGAAGACACUCGUGUCUUCACAGAGUACGAGCUCGGUGUCUCGUACUCUCCUGAUACGGAUGACGGAUCCGUAUCGACGGCAAUUGAAUCCAAGCCGCCUGCCAAGCGUGGCAUGGACGAUGCUUUGCGUCGCAGCAUCUUUGGUUCAUCUGAUGAGUCAGAUGAACCAUCGCCGAAGCGAAGGCGCUCGAGGUCGCGAGACUCGGGCGCCAAUAGUGGUGUCGUUUCUCCAAUGGACACCACUUCACAGCGAGGUGCCAGUACUUCUGUCGGCACGUCGCAGGAAGAGCGGGACCGCAAUGUGUUGCGUCUCGCUCCAGAAAAGAAGGCAUGGAUGCCUCCUAAAUCUGUCAUGGAUCACUUGUCGGCGACGACGAGUGAUCGUUAUCGAACACGAUUGUUCGAUUCGUCGAGGAUCCAUCACCUUGACCCCAGCGCGAAAGACUAUCGCGCUGAACAUGAGUUCUUCAUCGAUGCUUUCUUCAGACAUCGAUGGUACAGUGGGAAUCACAAACGUGAUGGUCCCUCACUACUUCAGGCGUGGAACGCCUACAUCCAUAAUCUCGAGGAUGUAGGUCGUGACGCUUGGAACGACAAACUUAUCAAAGCUCGUGAUAAGUUUGAAAAGCGAACCCCGACAGGUGCACGCUAUAAGCUGCAUCGUCUGUCAAGGGAGAAAGGAUUACCCUGCCUCUCUUGGGGAGACUCGUGCCCAUGUUGUGUGAACAACUCUGCACGAGCACCUAAGGAGGCUUACCUCCUUACCAGCCCGUGGUGGCGCGUACGUGUCUCUACUGAGAUGUACGAAGGGAUUGACAACCUGAAAUCCCUUUACGACCGUGCCGGGAAGACUUUCUCCGGCGGUCCUUCUGCGGCACAGGAUGUGUCGCGUCGUACUGCUCGACCAGACCCAGUACGUCAACCAUCAAUUGGGAGCGGGGCUCCCAAGAAUCCCAGGACGGGGGAUAGUUGCGCCACCGGACGAGGUAACUCGUCCGACGUCCGUUCACGUCGCGGUGGUUCAACAGCUGCUCUACUAGAUAGCGCUGGCCACCGCGAGAGUCCUCUAAUGGAGGUGGAGGAGGAGGAAAGACGCUCUCCACACGAUCAUGUGGAUCGGUGUGUUCCCGAGAGCUUUUUGAUCGCGUAA